GUUGCUUCGACGCAGGUCUGAAGCCCAACGUGGAGGAGAGGAUGUGGGUAUGCUGACAUCUGCAAGCCAGAGGUUUAACUGGAAGACGACCGCAGUCGGGCUGACAGACGACGGCUUUAACAACGUCGAGGAAAGUCCGAGACAUGUAACUUUCUCUGAAGCCCCUGUCUGUGUAACCUGUUCCACUGGUGCAUGCUGUGUGUUACCAGACGUUACAACUAUUUGUCCUUCUCUCUUGGCUGGCUUAUAAGGAAAUGAGCCAUGUACCAUGUGUGCGGAGCAGACUGUUCAUUCCAGGCUAACUAUGAGGCUUGUGUCCUGUAGGGCACCCUGAAGCUCAGCCAGUCACGCUGCCUCCCCAGGGCUUUCCGUCAUGAGGGGGCGUUGCUCUCGAAAACUGGGCGUGCUGGCCAAGGCUGGCUUCCUGCUCUGGCUGCUGUGGCUGGGCUACCUUUUGUUGGCGCGCUCCUCUUUCCCCUCCUCUUCCUCUGUAGAAGAGGAAGAUGAGGACCACGAUCGUCUGGAGAGACAGCUCUCCAUAGAGGAGAGCGGGUCUGACGGGCAGCUGGCCAGGCCUCUCUAUCUUAAGUCAUCACCAGACAACAAUGCACCGGGGGAGUGGGGUCGGGCCACACACCUCAACCUCAGUCCUGAAGAAAAGAAACUGGAGCAGGACACCAUAGAGCGCUACGCUAUCAAUAUCUUCAUCAGUGACAAGAUCUCCCUCCAUCGGCAUAUCCAGGACCACAGGAUGCAUGAAUGCCGCAGUAAGAAGUUUGACUACCGGCGUUUACCCACCACCUCCGUGAUCAUAGCCUUCUACAACGAGGCCUGGUCCACCCUGCUGAGGACUAUUCACAGCGUGCUGGAGACCACACCUGCCGUCUUGCUGAAAGAGAUCAUCCUCAUUGAUGACUUCAGUGACCGAGGCUACCUGAAAUCCAAACUAGCUGACUACAUCAGUAAUCUGGAUCGUGUGCGGCUCAUACGGACCAAUAAAAGAGAGGGGCUGGUCCGGGCACGUCUCAUUGGCGCCACCUAUGCUACCGGUGACGUAUUGACAUUUCUUGAUUGCCACUGCGAGUGCGUCCCUGGCUGGAUUGAGCCUCUGCUGGAAAGGAUCGGCGAGAAUGCCAGUACCAUUGUUUGCCCUGUGAUUGACACCAUUGACUGGAACACUUUUGAGUUUUACAUGCAAACAGAUGAGCCAAUGAUUGGAGGAUUUGACUGGAGACUCACCUUUCAGUGGCACUCGGUUCCUGAAGUGGAACGCAAGAGGCGCAAGUCUCGGAUUGACCCCAUCAGAUCUCCUACAAUGGCAGGAGGGUUAUUUGCUGUGAGCAAGGCCUACUUUGAGUACCUGGGCACAUAUGACAUGGGCAUGGAGGUGUGGGGAGGAGAAAACCUGGAGCUCUCCUUCAGGGUGUGGCAGUGUGGUGGCAGCCUGGAGAUUCACCCCUGCUCUCAUGUGGGCCACGUGUUCCCUAAAAAGGCCCCUUAUGCACGGCCCAACUUCCUCCAGAAUACUGUACGAGCUGCAGAGGUUUGGAUGGAUUCUUAUAAACAACACUUCUACAACAGGAAUCCUCCAGCCAGGAAGGAAACUUAUGGGGAUAUCUCAGAGCGACUGCAGCUGAGGGAGAAACUAAAGUGCAACAGUUUUGAUUGGUACCUGAAAAACAUCUACCCUGACCUACACGUACCUGAGGACAGGGAGGGCUGGCACGGGGCUGUGCGUAGCUCAGGGAUACAUUCAGAAUGUCUGGACUAUAACGCUCCAGAACACAGCCCGACAGGCGCCCACCUCUCUCUGUUUGGCUGCCAUGGCCAGGGAGGCAACCAGUAUUUUGAAUACACAUCUCAGAAAGAGAUCCGUUUCAACUCGGUGACGGAGCUGUGUGCUGAAGUGGGUGACGGACAGACGUCCAUCGGGAUGAGGCACUGUCCUCGCGACGGGGAGCACAAGCCUCCAAGUAUCGUCUGGGAGUUCAGAAAGGAUGGGACCAUCUACCACCCUCAGUCAGACAUGUGUGUAACAGCCUACCGCACAGCAGAGGGCCGCACAGACACCCAGAUGAGGCGGUGCAACCCAGGAGACAAAACCCAGCAGUGGAAGUUUGAGUGGUAGGAGGAGGAGGAGGAGGAGGAGGAGAGAAAGUAGCAGGAAACCUCAAGUGACCUUCUUUUAGCAUAGUGCAAUUACUACAGUGGACGUUUUCUCCGCUGCUCCCAAUUCUCUAGCUCCCCAAGUCUGCACUCCAUUUGAAUGGGAAUGAGGAGCAAAUAAAAGGUGGUGAAAAGUCACUGUAAGCCAAUAAUUCACCCAAUUCAGCUCUCUGAUGCCCACGUGAAUGAUUGAGUAACUGCAGAUUGUGGCAGUGUGAAUGAGCAUUUCAAGGUGAGGUUUAUUUGGUCUCUCUAAGGAGACCGGCUGAACUUUUAAAGUCUUUUUGCGUCGCUUUCAUCAAAGUGCCUCUGCAACCAAAAUGGAGUCCAGCGCACACCUGAAGUGUCAUUAUUGUCAUGUGUUCUUACAGCAGCAACUUGAAAGUGGUGACACUGGUUUGACUGUACAGCACAUGAAGAAGUGCCUUUCAGACAACUAGAGAACUAGAUGCAAAAUCAUGCUGCACUAUGGAAUGUUACCUUAAUGUGCAAUUAAUAUUGUUAUUGUGGAAUGACUCUGCUUGUUUCUUUAGUUGUCAACAAAUAACCAUUUAAAACAUGGGCUGCUCAAAAAAGUCAUGCCAGGAAUGUAAGGUCAGCAGCAAUUUUCUCCAGACUAGCUAGAUCUAACAUGCUCCAUCAUGUGAGAGGAAAACAGGGAGAGAGCAGUGUGGUCAUACAAGACUGCCCCUCAAUUCUAUCUCGUGGAGCCAGUUUCAUGGUAGAAUGCUGCCUGAACAAGACUUGAAGCAUUCAUUAAGCAUUUGCACUAAGUGCAAUUUGCCCCAGAGGGCUUAGCGAGUUGACAGGAAUGUUGUUAUCUAUUCUUCCCUGUUGUGUAAAACUAAGAAUACCCUGUAAACUCAUCUUUCAGUGUGCCUUUGAAAGAUUUUCAUCCCAAAAAGAACUUGUUUGUGCCGAAAUGAAACGUGCCAGUGGAUGUCAAAUGUAUUUAGAGCGAGCAUUGUAAAUGCUAAAAUGUAAAACAGCACUGGCUUGAUGCACUUGAUUUUAUUUAGUCACAAAAAGCCUUUAAAGAAGCGCCUGUUUAAUUUAAUCUUUCAACUUGGCUGUGCCAGAAUGUUUUGUUAAGACUCCUGUGUGUAAACUGUACUUGAAACAGCAUCAGAAACACUCCUGUUUUGUUUUUGUUUUUUGUGUUUUUUUUUUCCACCGAAGACCCCGUCAGCAUUUCUACUGGGAUGUGGGGACAGAGAGCUUCGGUGUAACUGUUGUUGAAGUGUUUGUUGAAUAGCAGCUGUAUUUGCCGAAGACUGCUUAUCACUGAGCAACAUUUGGUCUCUGUGCUCCUUUGAACUAAUGAAUAUGAUAUAUUCAGGCUAGUCAAUGGAUACAGUAGGUAAACAUGUAAGAUGGCUCCUGUUUUGUGUGACCUUUGUAAAUAAUGUUUGAAAUAAGGGACCAGAGGGGGACUGUGCUAAUGUAAAGCAUCUUUAAAACUACUGAUAAUGCAAAAGGGAUGAUGAUGAUGAUGAUGGCGAUGAUGAUGAUGACGAUGAUGAUAAUGUUUACUUGAUAUGAAGAAGAGGGUGACUGCAAUGGGAUGGAUGAUUCAAAUAAGAUUAAAGUUUGUUGGGAUGAUUGAAAGAAUUAAAUUAAAAAACUAACCACAAA